AUGGCCUUCUCUCUCGCCGGAGCAAACGUUCCCGCCCUUAGUGGCGACUGGUUCAACCCCGGACUCACUCCACGUAUGACGGGGAAGGAUCAAACGCCAGCGCCAUUCCCUGUCCUUAACGUCAGGAACAAUUCGGCCACACCAACCGCACGAGGAAAUACUGUGAACUUGUUUAUCGACUCAGAAUCCGAGGAAAUUGAAUUUGCUGCAUCCAUCAUUACUGCCUGCGUGGACCAUACCGUAUACGCAAUUCAAUGCACCAAGGCGCCGGCGAGUAUUGGCACUAAUUGUGGCCCCGAUGGUCAGGAAAUUUUGACUAUAACUGAGGGGUCGGCUGUUUAUCAGUGGGAUUAUACCGCAACAACUAGAACCAUGGGCUACGACGUAACUGCCUCGCUCGUCGAAUCAUGUUCCCUUGCUGGUACAACCGCGGCUACUUGCGUUGGAACCGCUGGAGGGGAGGCCGCUGGUACAAAGACGUCUAAAACCGCAGUUGUAACGAUAGCCAGCCCUACUUACUACCGCUUCGAUGUCGAGAUAACAGGGGGCGCCGACAAGACCAAGAACCCAUCACCUACCUGCGGUGCUAAGGGCGCAGCUACGAGUCUCAACGCCAAGACGAUGGCGAUUUGGGCGUUGACUGGUACCUUUGGCGUGGCUAGCCUUCUCUCGAUGCUAUAGUCAAGUUGGAGGACUGUAAUCACUUUAUUUUGGAAGUUAUAUACAAAUAGACGAUAUCUCAUACUAAUACUAGGCAUUUUUGGAGUUGGAAAGGACGACGACG